AUGCCGUGCUUCAAGGGUCUCGCCGUGAGUAUACACACUCCGGACGGCCCUAUUUCCGAGUACUCGAUCCAACGCCAAUCCCGAGCCUCUCGCAUAGCUUGUUACAUUCCCGUACCUCCACCGAAGCUACCAGGUUCAGCUACCGGAAAACCCGAACAAUCAACCUUUGCAGUUUCAAUCACAUUGCUGAAUCCUGGUCAGGAUGUGCCCUACUCUACCCCAAAAUCGACACCGGAAAACCCCACACCUAAGCCCAAGGUUGUUGGGGGUCUUCCCGGCCAAACGGCAGAGCGAGGCCAAUAUAGUAGCAUGGUGGCACCGUAUCAGCCGCUGACAAACUCUCCGAACGAGACGGUCGCAGCUUAUAUCUACUUCGACGGGCGACAAAAGGAAGAGGUCGCUACUUUGCUCCGGAGAGGCGAGGAGACCUGGGUGAACUCACGAUGGGUCAGUGUCCCUGAGUCAGAAGGAGGUGGCCUUGCUGAACGGGAAUUCCUCUUCCGUGAGGUAGGGUUGGAGCGCUGGCUCAAUGGCUUAGACCUAGAAGGGAAGGAUGUGGCCGCGAAGAUUGAGCGGAGACGGCAGAAGAUGGAAAAGCGUCGUCUAAAGCGUGCGUCGGCCGAUGGCAACAGUGACCUGGACAUGGACUCCAAGCAUGACAAGGGCAUCAUGCGCUAUGGUGACGACGCGAAAUCACCCCUCGAGGACGUUUCGGACGAUGACAUGUCUUUCUCCGAUUCGGACGACGACCCUAUUCCUGAGUCUGCAGGGCAGAUCAAGGUGGCUUUGUUCCGUGUUCUGGCCUCGGGGGAAGUCAAACGUGGUGAAUACUCGCCGCAGUUCGAUGCUCAUGAUGACGACGACGAAGCCCAGCCAGACGGGAAUGGUGGGACAGAUGCAGAUGUCGACCAUACAACGAGUUUUGCAAAGCCCAAGACCCUCGACCCCAAGACCAUCAGCACACAAACGGUCACCGGGAUCGACCCAUCCGACAAGCCUUAUGCUAUUUUCACAUUCAUGUAUAGAGGAGAGCGGCAAUUGCAAAAAAUGGGCAUGUUAAAAGAUCCCAAGUCGCAAGAAACUCCUGGCUCAGCAAAGCGCAGAUCACUUCAGCCGGACUUCGCUAAUAUUGGUCCUUUGAAACCCGGUGGCACAGUUGGAUUCUUGAACUUCCGGGACAGUUCCGAGAACAAGCAGAAGGGAAAGAAGAGCAAGGCCGCUGGAGAUGACGACAUGGACAGUGACGAUGAUGACGAUGAUUCGAUCUUGGGUAAAGCCGACGAUGAAGAGGCUAAGGAGGACGAUCAGCAUCUGUCACCAGAUGAUAUUAGACGCCAGGGGGAACUGGCCGAGGGCGUUCUUGCGCUAACGGAAAUACAGCUCAAACGCCAACACUCCUCAGCAUCUCUGGGCACUAGUACCCCCAAAACGGACACCGCUAGUCCCCAGCCGUCAGGAGAGACUCCUGCAGCAUCCAGUAUCUCCACCACCCCUCCAACUGCACCAGCAGUCCUUGCCGGCAUACCCGAGGUCCCCAAGCCUGCGGCAAAUAAUCUAAACGGAGAGUUCGUGGGGAGCCCCUUAAAGAAACAAAGAGCUAGUGUAUCCCAAGCGGAUGAAAACGCAUUGCGACGGAGGAUUGAAUCAGGGUUAUCUCAACCCGUCAGCGGAGCUUUGGAUAGUGCCGCUUCAGAGGGACCUCAAACUGCAGGGGCGGAUUCCAGCUCCUUUGGGGCCCAGCCUCAACCAGUUUCGCAGGAGAAUGAGGACGAAGAGUUGUGA